AUGUUUCGAUGCGCAACACAUUUGGAGUCUCUCUUCGUGAAGUGCGUGGCCACACCGCGUCGUGUGUCCAGUCGGUAUUACUGUCGAAGCUACACACAUCGCAAUGCGAAACCGAGUAACCAUUCAGCGAAUCGUACUAGUACUGGAGCGGCGGGAGUAGCAACACCACCAAUAGAAGAAUCCACAAACAAAACCACUAGUCAGAACGAAGCACAAGAAGAUGUUGGUCCAUCACGAGAGAGUGUAGGAAGACGCUUGUUCACUUCAUGGCAACAAGGUGUAGUUGCGAGUAUUGGUGCUGUUAUGGGGAUAGGUGCUAUUUGUUUCUUUUUUUAUGCACCCGUGAAGGAAGAUACUGUACAUCACACAGCUGUUGUGGCAUCUGAGGCUCUGGGAGAUGUACGUUUGCGUGAACAAGCUAUACAACUUUCAAAGGCUGUUGUAGAAAGUGUUUUAAAUGAUCAAAAAACUUUAGAACUUGUUGUGCGACUAGUGGUACAGUUGUUAAGACAAGAUGACACUAUGAUAGCUGUUUCUUCUUUUCUACGAGCCCUUUUUGAGGAUCAUUAUACUCAGGAGGUAAGCAAGAAAUUUGUUCUCAUGACUGUACUUGACCCAUGGAUUCAGGAGCAGUUGCGUGGUAUAGCGAAAGACUUGGCGAAAGGAUUAUUGUGUGAUCCCGAAAUAAAAGAGGCACUUGUUAAUUUACUAACAGUUUCUGCUGCUACAUCAUUGCAAGAUGAGGAGUUGCGUUGCGAUGCGGCACGUGCCGUGAGGCUUGUUGCGAAGCUUGUCAUUAACCCAUGGUCCUGA